AUGCUGCACACUAAUAUAACACUAUUAAUUGCAAAUACUAGUAGCCCUUCACUUGCAUCUCAAGCAACACCAAGCUGUACGUGCAUGCUCCACAAGUCUCACCACCAUUUCUUGACGCUUCCUCUUUUCCUUUCUUGCUUGCUUUCUUGCUACGCGUUAUCAUGCUCUAAAUGUAGCUUAUUUUGCUUCAAUUCCUUACUGAAUCCGGCUGUGCAUUGCAGCAGACACGAUGAUGGAUGGGAGUCACGGCUCAUCGUCGUCAAUCUCGCCGGUGCGGCCAUGGCCGCCACGGCAGCGCAGCGCGCAGGACGUCGACGAGGAGUACGGGCGCGCCUUCAAGUCGAGAUCCUUCCUGGACCUCUGGUCGCACGCCCACCGCAGCCUAAAGCACAAUCUCUCCUCCUACAAGCUGUCCUCCAGGCUCAGCUCUAGCUUCAGUGACGAUCAAGUGCCAGCCAAUGAGGAGCCGUCGUCGUGCUCGUACGCCGUGCUCAACGACUUUGUGCUUGAGCCGAGCCCGGAGACGCUCACUCGUCCCGGACACCGGCGGAGUAGACGCUGCCACGGACGACGCCGGGUGGAGGCCCUCCUGCUCGAGUACUUCGACGUCACGAGGGAGGCCUGCGAGGCGUGCUCCGCGCUGCUAGCUGCCGCCGGAGCCGCGCAGCGGCACCACCUCGUGCUCCGGCGCCUCCUCCUCCGGCUCGCCGCCGAAGGAGAUGAUCGUGCCGCAGCCGCAAGGGACGCGCUGGCGCGGCACAUUGGCAGCGACAAUCCGCUCUCGCCGGCGGGACGCCGACUCACCGGGUUCAACGACGCGCAUGCGCGCUGCGCCCCGCUCUCCAGGCGCCUCGUGGCGACGCGGCGCCGGCUGCGGAGGCUCGCCCGGGCUGCCCGGAUCGCACGGUGUGCGGCCGCCACGGCCAUUGUCGGGGCGUCUGCCGCGGCCGUCGUGGCCGCGGUCGUCCUUGCCGCGCACGCCGUCGUCGGCGUCGGCGCGGCCGCCGUCCUCACCUUCUGCGCCACCAGCACCACCAGGCCCUCGGCGCGCCGGUCAUUCUCCAUCAAUAAGUUGGCUCGCCGCUGCCACCGUGGACGGCGGAGGCGACAUGCCCGCGCGGGGGAGGCAGCGGUGGACGCGGCGGCGCGGGGCGCGUACAUCUUGGGUCGCGACCUGGACACUGUGAGCCGCAUGGUGCGUCGCGCGCACGACGAGCUGGAGCACGGGCGCGACAUGGCGCGCAUCGCGGUGGCGGCAGGUGCGGACGGCGGCGAGCGGCCGCCGCUGCUGCUGCAAGAGGUGGCGAGGGAGGAGGAGGAGUGCGGGGAGGAUCUGCGGUGCCAGCUCGAGGAGCUGGAGGAGCACGCAUGCCUCUGCCUCCUCACCAUCAACCGGAGCAGGAGGAUAGUGACGCAGGAGAUGACUACGCCUGAUGAUGGGUCGCCGUCGACGGAGACGACGUCCAAAUAUUAGCUCUUUUUCUUACUUCAGAUUAGAUACUAGCUAGCUGUUGCUUUAUGAUUAGUUGACUUGUUUAUGAGUAUUCUUUUCUUGUGAUUCAAGGGAUAAAUAGUGUG